AUGUCUUUUUAUGUAACAUUCUUCUUUCUUUCUUUCAUAAAUGUUUCUCUUUUUCAGAUUGGCUUCAACUUUUUACAAUUCUGUCUUGAUUCCCAAACUUUAAGAAAUAUUUCUAAGGCGUAUAAACACAUUGAGAAGAUAUCGUCUUUUCUCUCUCUCUUCCCCUUUUUUUCUCUCUCUCUUUCUUUCGCCCUUUUUUCUCUCUCUUCCCCCUUUUUUUCUCUCUCUCUCUUCCCCCUUUUUUCUCUCUCUCUCUUCCCCUUUUUUUCUCUCUCUCUCUUCCCCCUUUUUUCUCUCUCUCUCUCUCUCCCCUUUUUUCUCUCUCUCUCUCUCUCCCCUUUUUUCUCUCUCUCUCUUUCUCCCCUUUUUUCUCUCUCUCUCUUUCUCCCCUUUUUUCUCUCUCUUUCUUUCUCCCCUUUUUCUCCCUCUUUCUCCCCUUUUUUCUCUCUCUUUUUUCUCUCUCUUUCUUUCCCCUUUUUCUCUUUCUUUCUCCCCUUUUCUCUCUUUCUUUCUCCUUUUUUCUCUCUUUCCUUUUUUUCUCUCUCUUUUCCUUUUUUCUCUCUCUUUCCUCCCCUUUUUCUCUCUUCUUUCUUUCCCCCUUUUCUCUCUCUCUUUCCCCUUUUUUUCUCUCUCUCUUUUUUCCCCCUUUUCUCUCUCUCUUUCCUUCCCCCCUUUUUCUCUCUCUCUUUUUCUUCCCCCCCUUUUUCUCUCUCUCCUUUUUCCCCUUUUUCUCUCUCUCUUUUCUUUCCCCCUUUUUCUCUCUCUCUCUUUCCUUCCCCCUUUUUUCUCUCUCUCUUUCCUUCCCCCCUUUUUCUCUCUCUCUUUCCUUCCCCCUUUUUCUCUCUCUCUUCCUUUCCCCCCCCUUUUCUCUCUCUCUUUUUUUCCCCCCUUUUCUCUCUCUUUUCUUUCCCCCCUUUUUCUCUCUCUUUUCUUUCCCCCCUUUUUCUCUCUCUCUUUUUCCCUUUUUCCCCUUUUUUUCUCUCUUUUCUUUUCUUUCUCCCCUUUUUCUCUCUUUCUUUCUCCCCCUUUUUCCCCUUUCUCCCCUUUUUCUCUCUUUCUUUCUCCCCUUUUUCUCUCUUUCCUUCCCCCUUUUUCUCUCUCUUUCCUUCUCCCCUUUUCUCUCUCUCUUUCCUUCCCCCUUUUUCUCUUUCCUUCCCCCUUUUUCUCUCUCUCUUUCUUUCCCCCUUUUUCUCUCUCUCUUUCCUUCCCCCCUUUUUUCUCUCUCUCUUUCUUUCCCCCCCUUUCUCUCUCUCUUUCUUUUUCCCCCCUUUUUCUCUCUCCCCUCUCCUCCCCCCUUUUUUCUCUCUCUCUCUCUCUUCCUCCCUCCUGCACUGUUUUUCUCUGUACCAUUUGCCUUCAGUAUCUCCUAUUUGCCUGAGGCUUCGAAUGGACCGCAAAAAAGAGACGCUACACAUGUCUUUCUUUCUCUCUAUAUUCGUAUGGGUAGAUCUUCGUCUUUCAUUCAGUCUGACAAGGUGUCUCUUCUCUCUCGCUCUCUUUUUUACAUCAGAUAUUUGA